AUGACAAGACUGGUAUCAUGGUCUCCAUUGGCUUACACCAUAAAACGUGCUACGGGAGUGCGCACUGGACUAAUAAAAUCUAGUCUGCUUAGGACUAGCGGAACAAGAUGGAUCAUGACUGAGACCGAUGUGUCGCCUGUAUCGCGGAAACUACAGUGGGAGGCCAUUAGGUCUGCGAAACCGUUUUCAGAGUUUCUAACUGAUACAUUCGGCAGAGAGCAUGACUAUUUAAGAAUAUCAAUCUCAGAAAGAUGCAAUCUAAGAUGUAUAUACUGCAUGCCAGAAGAAGGAGUCGAGCUCUCCCCGUCGGCUGAUUUGCUCACUAAAGACGAAAUAUUGAAAAUUGCCAAAUUAUUUGUCAGUCAAGGAGUCCGUAAGAUUCGACUUACAGGCGGAGAGCCCUCAGUUCGAAAGGAUUUUAUUGAUAUUGUAAAAGGACUAGGUGAGAUCCCUGGUUUAGAAGAGAUUGCUAUCACCAGUAAUGGAAUUGCUCUGGGUCGUAAGAUUCCACUUCUGAAACAGUAUGGAGUCACAUCUUUAAAUCUGAGUCUUGAUACGCUUGUGGAAGGAAAAUUCAUGAUCAUGACUCGAAGAGCGGGUCUUUCCAAGGUGUUGAAUACUCUAGAUCAAGCUCUUCGUCAAGGUAUACCAAAAGUAAAGCUCAAUGUUGUCGUCAUGAAAGGAGUAAAUGAUGAUGAAAUUCUUGACUUUGUGCGUAUUGCCAAAGAAAAGCCAGUCGAGGUUCGCUUUAUUGAGUACAUGCCAUUUUCGGGUAACAAGUGGUCAACGGAAAAAAUGGUCAGCUAUCAUGAUAUGCUAAGUCUGAUUCACAGUCAGUAUCCAUCAUUAACCCAAGUUGCUGCGUCUAGAGGAGACACGGCCAAGAUAUUCACGGAUCCAAGAGGACAUUUCGCUGGAAAAGUAGGAUUUAUAACAUCCAUGACAUCACACUUCUGUGGCUCUUGUAAUAGGCUCCGUAUAACCUCUGACGGGAAUCUCAAGGUUUGCUUAUUUGGAAACACAGAGGUAUCUUUGCGAGAUAUGGUUCGUAAAGGUGCGUCAGACCACGAGCUUUUAGAGAUUAUUGGAAGUGCCGUAAAAAACAAAAAGGCGAAACAUGCUGGAAUUGGCGAACUGGAAAAAAUGGAAAAUCGUCCUAUGAUCUUAAUUGGUGGGUUAGUUUAA